AAAUUACUCUUGUGUGAGCUCCACGAGUAACUGUUCCUGAUGAGGCAUGUGUCCUUGCUACAGAAAGUGAUCGUAAACGAAACAUUUUAAACCUUUAUAUCGCAUUCAUAAUGGCAUCAUUAACUCUGAAAGAGACGUUAGUUAGAAUGCGCGAUGGACGUUUGAGUCCCAAGGAAUUGUGCGAACGAUGUCUACGGCGUUCCCAAAGUUUGUCAGAGCUGAACAUUUUCAUAACCCUCACUGAGGAAACAGCACGAUCCCAGGCAGCCAAGGCAGUCAAUAGACUUAAAGGGGAAAACCCUGUACUAAACCUGGAUGGUAUUCCAGUAGCUUUCAAAGACAAUUUUUGUACAGCUGGUACACGAACAACAUGUGCUUCAAACAUGCUGAGGAACUUUGUACCCCCUUACAAUGCAACUAUGGUACAGAAAGUGCUGGACAGCGGUGCAGUCAUUGUUGGCAAGACAAACAUGGAUGAAUUUGCAAUGGGAUCAGGAAGCAUUGACAGUGUUGUGGGACCCGUAAAAAAUCCGUGGACAUUGUUAUUCAGAAAUUUCAGCAAAAAACCUGUAUCUCAUGAUGUGUGCUGCAGACAGAAGACUGUUAAAAAAGACAGCAUUGCACAUGGAAUUAGGAAGCACAACAUACAUACUGAUGUGCCAGAGUUAGGCAAGUCAGAAGCCUCAUCAAGUCCGACAUUUGUUGAUAAUUCUGACUGGCUUGUGACUGGCGGAAGUUCAGGAGGAAGUGCUGCUGCUGUAGCUAGUGGAACAGUACUUGCAGCCUUUGGUUCAGACACAGGUGGCUCAACACGUAAUCCAGCAAGUUAUUGUGGAGUAGUUGGUUUCAAACCAACGUAUGGGCUUUUGUCUCGGCAUGGUCUGAUACCACUUGUCAACUCUAUGGAUGUCCCAGGAAUACUGACAAAGACUGUAUCAGAUGCAGCACUAGUUCUGAACUCAGUUGCUGGUCAUGACUGGAGGGACUCCACAACUGUGACAGACUCUUUCAAGCCAGUUGUGCUUGACAAAAACUUCUCCCUGCAUGGACUUCAUGUGGGCAUCCCAAAGGAGUACCAUGCCCCAGGAACAUCUCCAGUUGUGUUGGAUGUAUGGCGACAAGCUGCAGACCUUCUAGAGAGGGAGGGAGCGAAAGUGAGCCAGGUGUCAUUGCCACACACGCAACACUCUAUCAUGUGCUAUCAUGUCCUGUGCUGCUGCGAGGUGGCAUCCAACAUGGCCCGCUACGAUGGGAUUGAGUUUGGACACAGAGCAAACCAGGAGUCAUCAACAGAAGGCUUGUUUGCUGCAACAAGGCAUGAAGGCUUUAACGACGUUGUACGUGGCAGAAUUUUAGCAGGAAACUUUUUCUUGCUUAGGAGAAACUAUGAGAGAUACUUUUUGAAAGCACAAAAGGUGAGACGACUGAUCUACAAUGAUUUCCAACAGAUAUUUUCUGAAGGAGUUGAUGUUUUGUUAACACCCACCACUCUGAGUGAUGCACCAACAUACAGCUGGUUUACCCAGCAAGACAGCCGCUUACGGUCAGAGCAGCAAGACGUCUUCACUCAACCAGCGAAUAUGGCAGGAGUUCCAGCCAUCACUGUGCCUGCAGCUCUUUCACCUCGAGGCCUUCCUAUAGGACUCCAGUUUAUUGGCCAGAACUUUCAGGAACAAAAGCUGCUCUCAGUGGCCCAUUGGUUUGAAAAGAACACAGACUUUUUACCACUUAAUUUGGACUUUUUAGACAAUGCUUAAUUUAUUUCUGCUGUGCACUUUGGCUCAUACUCAUGAAAAAGCAGACUAUAUUGUCUGAAAAAAAAAAAAACCGAGGUAUGGAAUGGACAAGGAAACCUUGUGUAGAUUUGCCAUGCAGCAUGAAGAUAUGUUCCUUGUGUCGGGCAACAUGCUUCAUACAGCCACAGCAGGUUGCUGGUACUUUAAGCUUUGUCAGCAGCAACACUAAAACCACAGCCAGACUGACAGACUGUGAACUUUAGAAUCCAAUGACUUGCAUUUAAAAAGCAAAUAAACAGUAAACCCACUUACUUUCUUAUUUGAAAAUUACAAGUACUUUUUUCAGGAUUAAAUAAUAUUGUGGUUCAUACUAGUAUGAGAAUAACAAAGUACUUUGUCAAGGAUAAACUUUAUCCAUCCAGUCCGCAAUAUUGUUGGUAAAGCAAGACUUUCAUGCUUCUUCAGUGAUUAUUAUAAUAAUAAUAGUAAAUGCAAAAUUUGUAAAGUACAUACUCACACUCCUAAGGACCAUGCUUUUAGCACCUAAGACCAAGAACGAGACAUGGUCAAGAAAACAAAUAAAUAACACAUGAACUAAGAAAGAAUAAAUAACAGUACUAAUGGUGAAUAAAAACAAGUAAUUUCUUCCUUUCUACCUGUCAGCUCUUGAGGGCCUUCCAUUUAUCAACCUUUGGUCUUAACCUUGAUAAAACAUUUGCUCUUCCUGCUCAGUUGACAAAGUGUUUGUAGCACCAACCUCAUGACCCCUGUGUCUUUUUUUCUUUCCUAGGCCAUCAAAGACAAGCUUCCUACCUCUUCUGAAAAACUUCUUGGUGGAAAACAACCUAUCAAUUUGAAAACAAUUGUUAUCAUUCUAGAUGGUCUUUUGAAUGCCAACCACAAAGUUUUAAGUCCCGCACCUACUUUUUAAAAGCGCACUCUUGUAAACUCUAGACCCUUCAGCAAAAUUUUGUAGCAACCCUUUUUAAAAGUAAAUCAAAAUAUUUUAAACAAAUUUCCUUUUCCUUGAUUGGAGACGGCCCAUCAACAUAAUGGUUAGGACCUGUCACCAAUAUAGUGAGAGUUGGCUGCCCCAGGUUCAGCUCCCAUCACAGACACUUGUUCUUUCUCUGCAUGUGGCAUCUGUUUACAGGGCUGGCUGCCUUGCCUUUAUAUAGCCUUAGUUGUUGGCACGGUGUAAAACACCAAUUCCUCUCCCCCAUCUCUACUUUAUUUUUUUUGUUAAUGUGUUAGGGACUGCUGUCAAGAUGUGUCCUGACUAAAAGUGUAAAGCAUUAACAACGCAAGGUACAAAUCUGACAAUGGGGCCAGCAGCAAAGUGCCUAAGGAAAGCUGACAUCUGGUAGAAGUUCAUACAUCAACAUAAUAGCAAAAUGCAUGGCAGUGUUAAAACCAAUGAUACAGGGUUUAGGAUUAAGAUGAUGACUGAGCAAAGCAGAUGACAUCACGAUUUUCAUCUCUACUCCUUGCUGUGCCAUUUGUGUCCAGCUCAUGUUGAACAAAGCUGUCCACUGCUAGCUCCAUUAAGUCAGAUUUAUUCCAUACUUAAAAACAUGUAAACAUUCAUGAUGUAACACAUGGACUUCAACAGUAGAUCACAAUGACUGCCAGGCACACAUUAGAACAUGAAAUUUGUUACUGUUUGCCAAAGUCCAUUAAAAAAAAAAUCAAAACAAA